AUGACUGCCGGCGAAGGUCUGUUUGUCGUGCUUGACUAUACACUAGAAGACCUUUUUUCAAUCGACGGAGACGCCUCGAAUCUUGUGCUUGUCUUCGCUUAUCCUUUCCCGCCUACUCAAUUCUCGUCGUCCACGAAAUUUCCGUACCAAGCCCCACUGUGGCCGGAAAAAGAGAAAGCAAUCUUGACUCUACGACGUUUGCACACUCUUCCACUGAAGCAUUCCUUCGUGGCAGGAAAGCUUCCAGUACUGCUGCUAGAUCCAUCAUCCAAAGAAAACGAGGGCAAAGGGCCGGAAGGCGCAUCGCGUCGUUACCAUGCCGACGCCACUGCGGUCCUCGGACAGUUGCAUCCCAAGCAGCGCCCAAAAUUGUCAUUUAUCGCAAACUUCAGAGAUCUUGCACUGGAUGCUGACCAUAAGCUUGUGGUUCUUAACCCCUUGGACCAUCUUGCACAUCUUUCGCACUUGGUUGACCCAGAGGUUCAUUAUGAUCUACUUUCCAAGCGGGGUCUUGCAUACAGUGGGCUUCCUACUCCAGAAACGUUUGUGGCUGAAACGACUAUCGGGGCCAAUAAUAUUUAUAGUCCAGAGAAAUUGAAUGAGGAGAUUCGCCGCAUGAUAUGCCCUAUUGAUACGCGAGUCUUGCCAUUUAUAGUUAAAGUUCCACAAGCAACUGGUGGGACCGGAACAUUCAUUAUAAGAACCGAAUCGGAACGACAGAGAGCGAAAGUAGCUCUACAAGCCGAAUUGAGACUAAUGCUGCGCGAUGUUAGCCCGGUGAAUCAACACCUUCAUCCUUGUUGCUUAGUGUUCCAGGAGUUUAUCCCUGGCAACUCCGUGGCGCUAUCAUUUUUUGUGACGCAGAAGGGACGGGCAAUAUUUAUCGGUUGUUGUACCCAGCUCUUUGACGUAGGGGGUAUGUGGACUGGGGGGAGUAUCUGCUACCCCGAGCAGCCACAACUGGAAAAGGAAUAUGCAGCACUCAUGGGCCAAAUUGCUAGCCUUUUGCAUGCCAAAGGGUACUAUGGCGCCGUGGGUGCAGAUAUCCUUGUUGAUCCAAGCGGGCGCCAGCUAAUCUUUGACCUGAAUGUGCGUUCCACCGGUUCAUUUAGCAUGGGAUGUCUCAAAGGCCACUUUGAGGGGCGAGGCUUGCCAUAUGCACUGCUCUACUCAUUCAGGCUACGCUGUCUUCAGAAUGAAUUUCGGCGACACUUCCAAAAUGAAAUGGGAGAUGGAAGCUUGAUCAUCAACACAUGGACAUCCGACCUUCCUGACGGUUCCAGCAUGACCUCGAUCAGCAUAGCGGCACCCAGCCAACAAGAACUUAAAAUGUUUCUCGCUAAAGUCAAAGCCUUUGUUACGAUGAUGAACGCUUAG